CAUCUGCUCCACCUGCUUUGUCGAUAGUGUUUGAGGGAAGAAGUGAACUUGAGCCACUCAGAGGUCUUUUCUUCAGUGUGACGCUUGCUGUGAACUGUAAAGUAGGAUAUGCUGGUAUGAACUGAGGAAGUUAUUUUGUACUUUACAGAACUUUAAACUGCAGCUUGGGUUAGAUGCAUUCUCGAUAAAUUGAGCUUUUUUUCAUAAAAGAGGAAGUACUGAAGAAAAUGGAGGAGAAGAAAAAUGUGAACUUCAUGAGACUCUUAUCAGAUGAAAGCACUGGGUCAACCCUGUCUUCAGACUCCUGUGAGUACUACCAGACUGAGAUAUUUGACCUGCUGCCCAGCAUUCAAGCUUCCCGGCCUGAGCAGAACAGAUGUGGUCCUUUGGAAGCCGCUGAGGGUGGUCCAGGACCUGCAGAAGGCAUCAGCCAUGGCCACCUGUCCAGAGAACCCAGAGACAAGUUGUCUGUACAGCCACUCAGAAACCUGGCUAUGUGUAUACAGGCAAAGAGAGGUGCCAGGGAAAGGAGGAGGAUGCAAAUCAGCAAUAUUGGUUUUUGGGAGUCUUGGAGACGGAGCCAGAGUAUCAACAGGAAGAGGGCGUGGGCUCAGAUGGGACAGAUACUGUCCAGCCUGUUGCCAUGGCAGCACAUGCUCCAUAAAAUUGAAGGCCGGUUUGGAGUUGGCGUGAAGGCCUAUUUUGUUUUCCUCAGAUAUCUUAUUUUCUUGAACCUCCUACACUGCAUUCUCAUCUGGGGUUUUAUUAUGGGGCCCACAACAUUUUUUGGCAGGGGCAACCACACAGAACCACUGAGAUUUGGAGAAAACGACUCUGUUUUAAAUUUCUUCCUGGGAACGGGCUUUUUGGAUCGAUCUCCUGCUUUCUUUGGCUUUUACACCCGUGGUUCUCUGAGUUCACCCUGCUUGAAUACACCUCUGUUGUACCUUGCUGGAAUCUUCACCAUCAUCCUUCUCAGUUUCAUUAUGGUGGUCCGCAGAACAACCGUUGGCUACAAACACACCUGGAUGCUUGGAAAGCGUUACAGUAUGAAUGUCUGCUUGAAGGUCUUCUGUGGCUGGGACUUUACUAUCCAUGAUCCUGCAGCUGCUAUUCUCAAGCAGAGCUUCAUCAGAAAUGACCUCAAGCUCUUUUUGGAGGAGCAGAGCUUCGCUUUACGAAAGGCUGAGAGGACACUUGGACAGAAGGUGCGUCUCUACUUGCUCAGGUUCAUCCUCAACCUGCUUGUGUUGUGUCUGCUUGGUGGGGCUUUUUCCCUCAUUUACAUUUCUACAACCGCAACGAUGGAAUACCACUGGUUUAUCGACCUGGUUAUUCAUUAUCUCCCUCCCUUCGCGAUCACAUUCGUCAACCUCGUCCUCCCUCACAUGUUCCGUAAGAUCUCAUCUUUUGAAGACUACUCUUUCACUGUACAAGUGAAUACCACACUUGUGAGGAGUAUUAUCUUGAAGCUGGGUUCCCUGGGGAUGUACUUAUUUUUCAUCAUUAAUAAAGUGAGUUCAGCGCCACCUUCGUGUCGCGAAAACCAGUUUGGCAGAGAAAUGUACAAGCUGUGUAUCUUCAGCUUCCUCACCACUUUCUGCAACACCUUUCUCUUUAACUACCCCAGGAAGCUUUUGCAGGAUAAUUACCCUAGAUCCUUGCUGUCAGGGAAACAGUAUUUCCUGAUCCCUUUCCACGUGCUGGAUCUGGUUUAUGGUCAAACUGUGUCAUGGGUUGGAGUCUACUACUGCCCUCUGCUGCCUCUGAUAGGAACCAUCUUUUUGAUCGCCACUCUCUACAUCAAAAAGUUCAGUGUCCUGCGUUGCUGUGUGGCAGAGCAAAGGGUGUUUCGUGGCUCCAACUCCUCAGUUUUAUUCCACUUCAUGUUGCUGCUGGGUCUCCUCAUGGCUGUGGCCACACUGAGCUUUGACCUGUAUCUGAAAGCUGAUACAAAGAUGUUCCACUGUGGUCCGUUUAUAGGUGGAGAAAAUGUGUUUAAUGUGACAGGAGUUUGUGUGAAAAGUCUUCCUAGUCCAGCCCAGACUGCUCUCCGCUAUCUGACCUCUGAGGCCUUUGCUUUCCCACUCUUACUAGCUGAGAUAAUCAUCUUAACCUCAUACGUGUCACGGGGACGAGCCAAUCAGAAGGCCAUUGAGAGACUAAAAGACAUGCUUGUCAUGACCAGCUCAGAUAAACGUUUCCUGGUUAAGCAACAUGCGACGUUGCAGAGAAGCCGAAAGAAUGCCAGCAGAGUUCGUUCUGCCUGUUGAGGAGGACAUCCCCCUCAGUCGCUGGAAAGCUACCUCUCCGAGCAUCUAAAGCAGUUGAAGCAGUUGAAGCAGACUCCAACUUACAAAAAAUAAAACAAAGUUUUACAGAAUUCUUAAAGCAUGAAGGAAACCUGAGGUGACCAAAAUGACUGAUAAGCACACACUUUUUCAGAUAUAUGAAUGUCAAGAAUAAGUAAAAGCUUCUGCUAAAGUUACACCAGUAUUACUGAACCUUCAUACGGUGUGUUUUGUUGUUUGUUUUUUAUAUAUACAUAUAUACAUACAUAUACAUAAAUUUCCCAGUAUUCAAGUAACUGUAAAUUUUUUUCAGUUGUAAUGUUCAAUAAAACCUGUUUGGUUAAUGUA